AGUGCAGUUGUUUCGUUACCCUACCCUGACCCUCCAAUCUCUAACCAAGGCGAUGCUCCACAGGCAUUUUGCCGAUAUUUUCUAAUAAGCCAGCCAUCUGCGCGAGCAACGCGGGAGUUUCGCUCGAGUUUCAGAGUUUUUUUCCGAUCAUUUCGCUGCACUGUGCGAGGAGAGAGAGGUGGUGCUGGUGUGUGCGGUCCGUGUCUCCUAUUCUCCCAAGUUCGCUGAAAAAUGGCGGAAGCCACAGGUGCGGCAUGUGUUAACCCGAAUGCCGAGAUCGUAAGGGGCCAAAUUUUCGAAGUGGGGCCCCGCUACACUAGCUUGGCUUACAUCGGAGAAGGAGCUUACGGGAUGGUUGUCUCUGCGUCCGAUAAUAUAACAAAAACUAAGGUUGCAAUAAAAAAGAUAUCUCCAUUUGAACAUCAAACUUAUUGUCAAAGGACACUCAGGGAAAUCAAAAUACUCACCAGGUUUAAGCAUGAAAAUAUAAUUGAUAUUAGAGAUAUUCUUCGUGCAACAACUAUAGACCAAAUGAGAGAUGUUUACAUUGUACAAUGUUUAAUGGAGACUGACUUGUAUAAACUCCUUAAAACACAGAGACUGAGUAACGAUCAUAUUUGUUACUUUCUUUAUCAAAUUCUAAGAGGUUUGAAAUAUAUCCAUUCGGCUAACGUACUUCAUCGAGAUUUAAAACCAAGUAAUUUACUUCUAAAUACUACGUGCGACCUUAAAAUUUGUGAUUUCGGUUUAGCUAGAGUGGCUGAUCCGGAGCACGACCACACAGGGUUUUUAACAGAAUAUGUGGCCACAAGAUGGUAUAGAGCUCCAGAAAUUAUGUUAAAUUCCAAGGGUUACACUAAAUCAAUCGAUAUUUGGUCAGUAGGGUGUAUUUUAGCGGAGAUGUUGGCGAAUAGACCGAUAUUCCCAGGCAAGCAUUAUUUAGAUCAGUUGAAUCAUAUUCUUGGAGUUCUAGGAUCGCCCUCUCAAGAAGAUCUCGAUUGUAUUAUAAACGAAAAGGCGAGAAGUUACUUGCAAUCUUUGCCCUUCAAACCAAAAAUUCCAUGGCCGAAAUUGUAUCCGAACGCCGAUUCGAAAGCCCUCGAUCUCCUAGAUAAAAUGUUGACGUUCAAUCCACACAAAAGAAUAGUGGUCGAAGAGGCGCUGGCACAUCCGUAUCUUGAACAGUAUUAUGACCCGGCGGAUGAGCCUGUCGCUGAGACGCCUUUUAGAUUCGACACGGAGUUGGAUGAUUUGCCGAAAGAUACUUUGAAAAGAUUAAUAUUUGAGGAAACGUUGCUGUUCAAGCAACACCAAAUAUCGGAUCCCAACAAUAGGUCAUAGUUAUUUCAAAUUUGUGUAUAAGGUUCUUUUUUAUUUAUUGUUUUGUUAAUUCGCCCUAAAAGUGGUGGAACAAUUUACACGCAGAUGCGAAGAAAUCUUUGAAAUUAAUUUUAAUUGAAGUUAUUUUCUUGGGCAAUUUGUCAAAGAGCACAAAGCAUGAAAGUUAUUCUAUUUAUUAAAAAUUCACAGAAAAUCUUUAUUUUAGUUUACCAAAGAAUUUUGAGCGAUCGGUUAAAAAUUAUUCAUAUUUUAUACAUAAUGCAGCAAAUCUAUCAGAUCAUGUUUGGUUCCAAAAUAUUUUUUAGAAAUAGAUAAUGAAAACGCUUUGAAUAAUGAAGGUUCCUCUUUCAAUGUGUCAUGUUUUUUAAGUUGUUAGUAUAUUUUUCUAUCGUAAUUCAAUUACUUGAAUUAACAUCAUUAUUUUAAAUUAUGACUCUUUAGUCCGAUUAUAGGUUUAUAUUUAUUUUUAAAUUACUCUUUUUAUUGAGCAUUGAAAAAGAAACUCCAUACAAUGUACAUAUAUAAUCGAUUUUAAGGUCUAUUGUUGGCCAAAAAUAUGUGUUUGUGAUAAAAUAUCUUUAUGAUAAUGUUUAAAAAUAUACCUACUUCUUACGUCUUAUAUUCGUUAGAAAAACAAGAAUAUUAAAAGAUGUUCCCAAUGACAUAUUGUAUGCUUUAUUUUCGUUCUAUUGGAUUUUUGUGGCAUUUGAAUUACAUACUGCAAAAAUUCUAAGUUCCUUUUUUAGUACAACUCAAAUCCACGUAAAUAAUGAUUUGAAACCAGAUACUUAUAUUCUAAAAGAAUCGUCCGAAUUUAAUCGGUUAACACUUUGGAUUUUUAUGAAAAAAAAUAGCGUUAUGUAAUUCAUGUGAUGUGUAAAUACGAUUUUGUUAGAUUAAUUUUAAGUUUUUCCAACUUUCCACUUCUAGAAAAUUAAAUAAUAAAUCUAUUUUUGAAUAAUUAGAUUUUCUAAAUUAUUAGAAUGGUAUUGUAGUGAAUAAUGUCAAUAAUUAUAAGCAUCGUUGUUAUUGCUAUUGCUAAGUUAUUGAUUUUCAAAAGAUUUACAUUAGUAUUGUAAUUCCUUCAAAUAUUUUAGGAUAAAAAAUGUGUGCUUCAUCCAUGUAAGCACAUUUUUGAGGCAAACUUUAUAAAAUGAGGAUAUUCUCCAUAACAAGAACGGAUAAGGUAAAAUUAUAAAACAUUGGGUAAACUUAUAAUUACUAGAUAAUUUAGUUAUUCCGCAUUUCCAGGCGAUUAUAUCACAUUUAUUAAAUAUACUGUUUCCAAUUUCAUUUUAGGAAUGCUUAUGAAUGUUAAUAUUGAUUUAUUUCGAAUGUUAAUGUUCAUCUAAUUCAAACACUUAAAAUUGCCGGUGUAUCUUGUGUCUUAAAAUAGUUUAAUUCGUUUCUAAAUUUAUAACGUUUACUAUAAUGUAUUCAAUGAAACAAGAGCAUAUUUUAUUUAGACUUAGGUCAUUCAUCAUUAAGUCAUCAUUAAAUUUUAUACCAUCAAAUUAAAACACUAAACUAACUGAAGUAGAUCGUAAUGUUUAUUCUAUUUGAAUAUGAGAGAAAUAGGGAAAUUUUAAGCCUAAGCUUACCGAGCUCAGUACUAAAAUGGAACGAGGAGACAAUUUUGAAAUUCAUUGGAAAUUAUAUUUAAAGUUUUGGACAAAAAAUAAAAUGAACAGAACUAAUUGUAAAAGAAACGUGUGCCAUAAACCCUAUUUAUACAAAAAUACGAAUCAAAUUACAAUAAUUAAAGGAAAAAAAUAAUUUAGCUAUACAAUAAAAAUUAAUAUAUAAAUUAUUAUAAACUGUUCUAUUAAAUGAUUGUGAAUAUAAAUUUUAAAUGUCUAUUAUCCUUCCCAUUUACGGGUAUAACGAAUAGUGAGUUUUCAUAUACCUACGAAUAUGUAUGAAAUUUUACCAUUAACGACAAUUUCACUUUUAUCCAAUUCUUGUCUUUCAUAAUAAAUGUCAUGUCGCACACAUGUACAAAUAUAUCAAAAAUCAUGUAGAUUAGAAAUUUACAUUUGAAUGUAAUAAUAUAUCUGUGAUUAUCACUUAAUUUUUAAUGGUAGCAUUAGAAUAUAUUUAAUCUAUUUAUAAAUGUAUCUCUACAAGAUUCUCUGUGUAUUACAUUGGUGUGUGAAAGAAUUUCUGGAUAAUUCUUAUUCGAAUUUUGAAUUUCUAUUAAAACAAAGUAUCGCCAAUAUUUGAAAUAAUAGCUCAACUAAUUGUAUAAUUCAGUUUCAGAAAUAUUAAAGUAUUUAAAUAUAGAAAAAUAGUAUUUUUUUAAAAAUUCAAUUUUUUAUUCUAGAAACAUGCAAUUAUACUUCAAUUUCUAUUGUCUACAGAAAUAGCGGAGUUAUUAUUUUAAAAUUAGAACCGAGUAUUAGGGAAGGUUGGAAGUCACUAACAACAAAAUACUUGUUUAAGAAUACGCAAGAUUAUUGGAAAACAUUUUAAAAGUUAGCAAACUAUGGGAAUUGGUCUUGAUACGGUGAAUGGUUGUUAAAUAAAUAUGGCCUAAUUUUUUUCUAUUAAUGUUGUUAAAAAUACUGUUGCAGUAUGUUACCUACAUUAUUAAUGUCAAUAUGUAGCUCUCAUUAUAUGGAAAAUAAAAUUAUUCAUAAUAUUGAUUCACAGUGGCGUUUUUGUUAUAUUCUAAAUCAUCAACACAUAAUGAAAUAUUCAAUUUUUUAUUUCAGUCUCUAACUAGCAAUUAUUUUUAACAAAAAUAAUAAAUAUUAAGUACAAUAAAACAAAUUAUAUUAGGGGCAAAAUUCGAAAAAAGAGUAAAUUAAAACUAUCAUCUACUUCAGUACUUUAUAGAAGCAAAAAACCCGACACCUCAUCUUUUACCAUACCAACUUAUUUCUAGUUUCGCCAGUAACAUAGAAGCUAAUUAUUUACACUCGUACUAUUGCUUAUUCGAAUGCAGUGUAAAAAAUGAGGUUUAAUGAAUCAGCUUAAACACCGACAGCCCACCAUUUACAGAUACAACAAAAAUGUACUUUUCAAGGUAAUCAAUUACUUUUGCUUCAAAUAAAUGCCUACUUUACAUAAUAAUAAUAUAUACUUUUAUAAUGUGUAACAACCUCACUGAAUAAUUUAAAAUAAAAUGUAAAACGAUACUCCAUUUAUUGUAUGAUGAACAUCAAUACAAAAACUCUUCAAAUGCAAUUAAUAUGCUAGUACAAGAAAUUUAUUUAAUAAUAAAUUGUAAUUAAUAAUUUAGUACGGUAAAAUAUAAUCAUGCUUCCUCAGUUUCAUCAUAGAUGAAUUGAUACCAGAUAAAUUUCGAAUAUACUGAUGCUCACAUAAAAUUACAUUCCUUAAUAAAUAUUAUUCCUAACCAGUCAUGAUUGAGCGGUAAUAGUCAUUUAAAAAAAUCACUAGUCUGAUCACAAUUUGCAUAAACAAAACAAUAAAGGAAUAAAGGCUCCUAUCGCAAUGAAAAUAGGUAACAUGUGUGAGGAAUCAUCUAAAGUAUAUGGAUCAGGCUGUCUCGGGCCGCUCGGUUUCCUAGUUUUCGUAAACGUCUCGGUUUCUUCUUUAACAUCUUCCAGAGGAUUCGGCUCGACUGGUAUAGGAGGCAACCUGGGAACAUCUUCCAAUUUACCUUUCACAACGUACAUCGCAUUGAUCUUAGGAUUGUCCUUGUAGCCUUUUAUGAAUUCAACGCGAAUACGCCCACCUCUUAUGUCCGAUUCUUCUCCAUUGAAAUGCAAACGUCCUACAAAAAAAACAUGAUAUAAUCUACGAGUACCCUUCUAUAUAGCAAUUGGUAUUACCCUUGGUAAUUCUAAACGGUAUGUACUCAUCGUGAGCCACUCCUCUCCCGACUUUCUCGAAUAUAUCCAAAUCAGCGACCACAGUGUGAUCUCCGUUGAGAACAACAUCGAAAACUUUCUGGUCCGGUGCGUUGAAGUACACUUCGCAGAAUUUUAAGACGAGUACGUAAUCUCCAUCCGUGUUAACUGGAAUGUCGUAGCCGAAGGUGUUUGUGUGGUACCUCUCUGUUUGAUACAGAAUGUAAUCGUUCGGGGGCACCCGGCCUAUUAGAAGGCGCUUUCCGUAAUCGGAGGCGAUGCCGAUCCGGCCGUGCAAAGGGUCCCUUUCGUAUCGAAUACCGAACGUGUCCGUAUGGGCUUCACCUCCACAGUUUACGGCAUAGAUUAAUUGCCGAUUACAAUUGAUUUCGACGAAAAAAUAAGUUAGAUAUAUUAGAAAAAAUAACAUGUUGUGUAUUAAAAAACUUAACAUUUUUAAAUUAAAAUUCUUUAAGUUUUAUCACCGGCUCAUUUAAUACAACCAAUUAAGUUGUUACUUCGUUGAUAAAAACAGUGAGGUUA